AUGCAUCGCUUUUCCUUACUUGGUCUUGGCAUUCCGCAGCUCUUCUUCGCUCCUGGAGAUGCCAGUGCUGUUAAAUCUGAGCACAAUAUAAGCAAGCUGAAACAUUCCGUAGGCGCGGAAGGUUCUGUCAGCUUCAUCUCAGGUAUCAUCCCUGAGUCGGCAAGAGUUGACUAUGCUGUUCCCAUCCCCGCAGGUUCGGGUUUCGGUGAUACCAAAAGUCUCUCAAACAAUGCCACAGACCUCCCACAAGGCUGUGCCGUGAGCAUUACUGUCCAGCAGCUAGCUGGCUCGAACAUUUCUACGGCUUAUUUCUUACCAUCUUCAUGGAACUCGCGGUUCCUCACUAUUGGACAUGGUGGCUUUGCCGGCUACCACGACUAG